GUUUCUUUCCUUCCAGAGGUUCCAAGCACAAUACAUCAUCAUGGCAGCUUUCAGUUUUCGUGUCUUCUUUGGCAGUUGAACGAGCUCCUUUUGCCAGCAAUCAACUAUCUCAAUCCCAUUUUCUGGAAGCCGAACUAGUUGCUGCGUCCACUCUUCCAUUCUCUCCCACACCUGCCUUGCAAAGCUGCAAUGCAGAACAAGGUGUGCAGCCGUUUCCUGCUCCUGAUUGCAAAGUGAGCAUACAGGGUUGCAGGGCCAUUGCCUACUCAUCAGCUUGUCUGCUGUUAGAAUUUUGGAUUGCACCAAAAGCCAAGCGAAAAAUUUGUGUUUGCCCUCGGAGUCUGCCUUCCAAAUAGAUUUUCCAUGAAACUGACUGUAGGACCCUAGGAAUUGUGCAUUAUAGGCUGACCUUGACGUAUACUCCCCAUGUGCUGUCCAUUUGCAAGUUAUCUUAUCUGGUUCAUCUGUCAACUGAACUUCUUGUACUGAAUCCCAAAGCUUGAUGAAAUCUGCCAUUUGAGCAACUGUCUGCAUACGCCACCUCUGACCCAAUUUUGGUUGUGCACCUCUUCCUUGACCGUUUUGUUCUUCCUCCAUGCUAGCUUGAAUAAGUCAGGGAAGAGAUCCAUCGGCGCCCGUCCAUUCAGCCAGGAGGACUGCCAGAAACUUGCUUUAGCUCCAUCACCUAAGGUUACAAUCGUGCUUGCCCGAAAGAGUUGCCUAUCAACUGCAUUCACUGGUGGAGCAGUGCCUACCCAAGGUUUUUCAUGAGAGACCCACUCGUACCAUAGCCAUCUUAGUCUUAAGAACGAAGAAGAAAAUUAAAGGACCAGCACCCAAGCCAAGCAGCACUCGAAUCUCCGGCAGGCCAGAACCGGACCUCACACUCAUCAGUCAGCUGGGAGCCGGGCCGGAGGAGGAGCAGGCGAGGGCCAUGGCGUGCUUCGGCGAGAGCGAGGCGGAGGCGUACCUGGCGGGGCCGGCGGUGCGGGAGGCGCGGGAGCUGGUGGCGGAGCUGUGCCGGCACUUCUACGCGCCGGGCUGGGUCACCGGAACCGGCGGCAGCAUCACCGUCAAGGUCAACGACCCCGGCGUGCCGCUCGCCGACCGCCUCAUCGUCAUGUCGCCCUCCGGCGUACAGAAGGAGAGGAUGGUGGCAGAGGAUAUGUAUGUUUUUUCUGCGGAUGGGAAGGUGCUCUCUGAACCAGCAGCAAAGCCAUGGCCAGACAAGCCUCCAAAGUGUACAGACUGUGCUCCUCUGUUCAUGAAGGUGUAUCAGAUGAGAGGAGCUGGGGCCGUCAUUCACAGCCAUGGAAUUGAGACUUGCAUUGCGUCAAUGCUCGAUCCUGGUGCAAAGGAAUUCAGGAUGACUCAUAUGGAAAUGCUUAAAGAAAUCAAAGGUCAUGGCUAUCGUGAUGAAUUGGUUAUUCCUAUUAUCGAGAACACUCCUUAUGAGUAUGAUCUCACUGACUCCCUAAGUGAGGCGAUUGCAGCAUACCCAAAGGCAACUGCUGUCCUUGUACGGAACCACGGAAUAUUUGUCUGGGGUGACUCCUGGAUCAGUGCAAAGACACAAGCUGAAAGCUAUCAUUAUCUUUUAGAUGCGGCCAUCAAGCUCUAUCAAUUAGGUAUUGAUUGGACAACUCCCGAACAUGGUCCAAUAAACCGUGCAAAGAGAUCACGCAGCAUUUUGAACACUGGAAUCCCUAAUGAAUGUCAUGCUGCUGAACCAUUAAAGGUUAAUAACUCACUGCUCUCAAUAAUUUUUUGGAGCAUGUUCUGUUAUUCUUUAACUGAUGUUAUGUUUCCGUAUGCCCGUGAUAAUGUGCGAAAGCAUCUGACUUCCACAUUUUAUUCUGAAGAAACCAAAGAGGACGUCAAAUUACUGCGUGUCCAAAUUGAAGAUGAUUUAAGAAACGGAAUUCUUCGGGCUGUUCAAGUUCCACCCGAUGAGGUUGGCAAAGAACAUGUUAUCAAUUCAUUGGUGUCCAAUGUUGAAUCAAUGAUUAAAACAGACCAGAAGGUUACAUCACUGAAACAACUCCAGGGUCAUAUAUGGAGGACUGGAUUGGAAAGAAAGGAAAUUCAAGGAAUUGUCUUUGAGGAUGUUCCUGAGACGCUAAAGAACUGGAAUUCUCGUAACAUAAAGGUCUACAUAUACUCAAGUGGCAGUAGAGAAGCACAAAAGCUCCUGUUCGGCAAUACAGUGCAUGGUGAUCUGAGGCCGUUCCUGCGUGGGUAUUUUGAUACCACAAUUGGAAACAAAAAAGAAACCAGGAGCUAUUUGGAGACCGCUCAAACUCUUGGGGUUGACAAUCCAUCUCAAAUCUUAUUCGUAACUGAUGUCUUGCAAGAAGCCAUUGCUGCAAAAAAUGCUGGUUUUGAGGUGGUAAUCUCCAUUCGUCCAGGAAAUGCUCCAGUUCCUGAGAAUCAUGGUUUCCGCACAAUCAAAUCGUUGAGUGAGGUCUGGGAACGAUGAACUAACUGGCGUGGGGUGGCGGGGAAUUAAUAAACGAGAGGAUCAAUUGAGAUGCUGCAAGUUCUUGAUCCAAGAGGGACGACGGCUGCCCAACUGUUUUGACUUUUUUAUGUACGGAACUGAACUCAUCGGCAAUCAGAAACAAUUACUAAAAUACCUAUCUCCAUAAGUUAGAACUUUUAAUUGACAUUAUCAGAUCAAC